UCUUCCGAAUCCAGGGAAACUUGGCGUCAACAAAGACGUUCGCGAGCGGAGAUGUUUCGCUGGAAGAAGAGGCUGGUGGUGGCGCGAGGAGAGUGGAGGGUGGUGGUUGCUUUGGGACCACGUGCAUUCGGUCUUGCUGGGGGAAGAGAAGGGGGGGAUCAUAACACUUCUGCUCAUUUGCUAGAGUACUAGAUUACCGCAAAGAAUCAGCCAUGCCUUCAGAAGGGAAAACAGAUAUGGAGAGGAUUGGCCUCUUUAGUGAAAUGGAAUAUAUUACAAUUGGGGAUAAGUAUGCCUCGUCCUUUGCCCGCGCUUUUAAUGAAGCUGCAAGCAAGAACAAGCAAAUGCUGCCCGGGGGUAGCAAAGAGAAAGCCGCUGUCCAGGCAGGUUACUUUGACCCUGUGUUUGGAAGAAUUUUUGAAGGUGAAGCUUAUUCAAACCCCGUCCAGCUACGGAGAAGAUAUCGAAUGGCAGAAUCCAAGAAAAACUUGAGUAAACCUUUUCUUCCUUGUAAUGGAGAGAAACUGCCUUGCGGUAUAGGAACCUAUUAUGGAACCAUCGGUGGUCCGGUCCCCUUCUUUAGCUCUCAAAGAAGAGAUAAAAGUGCCUAUGUGCCACCUGGGAAGAAUCUAUACACCAAUCCAGGGAAGAAAGGAACUGGCUUUGGGUAUCCAAAUGUCACAAUAGGUAAACAGUACUCACACUCAGUUGAAUUAUAUGACAUUGGAAGAGUAUCCUUUAAGAAAACAUCUGAAGAACAUCACCGACUAAUGAAAGGUGGGCCUUUCAAAUUGAACCUUUAUUCCCGAGAGUAUUUUGACAUGAAUCCUUACUACGACGAAGGACCAGUACCCCCACCAAAGAAACAAGCCCCACAAGUACCAAUUCGAAUUGCCUUCAAACCAAGUUCUCCAGGGAAAGACCCUGGUGGCAUGAAAGCAGGCACAUUUGACCCUUAUCCAACCCAUUCCUCGGGACCAUUCGUAGUGAAGCUGCCAAAGCCUAUCACAACCAAUAAACAAGGACGAAUAUUUAAUUGUGCUUCUUCAACAAGGUCCAGACCAAUAAGAAGCAUAAUGGCUGCCAAUGUUGAAAAAUCAUUAAAUGUAACAAAUUAUAAGGAUCCACAGCUGAUGCAGUAUUAACCGUACAAAAACAAGGUGAAUGAUCUUUUCUGGAGUCUGUAGCAUUUGAACAACUCAGGGAGCUCCUGAAAUAAAUAAAACUUAUGUGGCUGAGGGAAUUAUGUCAGAUACUGCAGCCCCUUGCCACAACUGUAUCCCACUUGUGACUAUAUUUCAAUAUAUAAACAAGAAGAUUGAUAAUAUAUUUACCAAUGUUUAUGAAACAUGGAAGAUAUUUUAAUGCAAAUUGUAUUUAGGCUGUUAGGUACAUGUUUACAUGUUAAGUAUGCACUGGAAAAAUUCUAUAUAUAGUUGUUAGGAACAAUAAACACAUAUUGUUUGCUGUGUAAUUAAUGUCUAGGUUUUUAAAAACUAUUUAUCAUCCAAACUGAAGUUGAAUGUUUCUUCCAAGGAUUUAGUAUCUGCUUCUGGUUGAUAGAUACAAAAUUUAUGUAGAGGCAAGCAUUUCACUGGAUUUUUUUCCUCUUGCAAUUGUAAAUGUUCUGAACAGUAUUAAUGUGUGAAAACAUUGCACAACAAAUAAAGUCCUAUUCUUAAA